UUCAAACUCAAACAAUCUAUUUGUGAGCACUAUAUGUUGUUAAAAUUUUUGAAGGUGUUUACUUACAUGAUGCAAUUUUGCACUAUGAUGUUACUUUUGCACAAUGGAUUUAUAACCGGUGCUAACAUAGAUGUGAUCCAAGACCAAAUAAGCAUCGAGAUAGAAGGUGGAGAGUUGUGUGAUUGUAUGAACCAUGCUUAUCAAGAUCGCGAUCCCAUCGAAGACGCCACUCUUCGAUCCUAACCAUUUGAUCUUAGGAUUCCUCUGACUUUCUUCUGUCCAUCAUGAGCAACUAUGGUGGCUUCCAUUUUCUUCAAUUUUAAGGAUUGUCCAAAAUUGAAUUUUAAGCCAACAAUUUGGUUAAUCCUUUUGUUCUUCUGAAUUUUCUUGAGUCGAAGUUCCCUGUUGAAAGAGGAGGAGCAUGAGCUGGAGGAGGGGGAUAAUCAUCAUUCAUCUCUUUGGCGCACAUCUCCUCCGGCCUACAUCAGUCUGCACCAGUCCUUCAGCAUCAAUUUCACAAUCCACCGGCCAGCCCUUGUUCGUGGUCCGCUUGACCCUUUCGGUUGGGGUUUGGGAGGAAUGUUUGGGCAACUUGAUGGCUCACUUUGGCUCACUUAGUUACUUUGGUUCUUGCGGCUUGUUGGGGCUGUUCUUACUUGGACCUCGCAAUAGUUGGAGCACGAGCUGCGAUUCGGAGACCGGGGCAUCGACAUCAUCUAGCCAAUCAGCUAUGUUGCGUAGGGUCCAGUUAUCUCGAGCUCAAAUAGAAUUUUUGGUGGACAAAGUGGUAAAAGAUUACCCUCAUGAACUACAAAAGUAUCGAUCUCCAGCAAAAAGCGAAUUUGUUCUUUUGUUCUUAGAGGGAGUGGCUACUGGUUUGUGCAAGAACAGGGCAGAUCCAGAUCUGUUAAACACAGUACUACGAGAAAAGCUAGACAAAUCUAUACUUGUGUCGAACAAAGAUAAUAACACAAGAAAAGAUGGUAAAGCUUUUUUAUAAACUGAAGUCAGGCUUAUGCAUAUGAGAGCAGAAGUAGAUUAAUUUAUAAACUGAAGUCAGGCUUAUGCAUGAGUGAUUCCGCACCAGUUUGAAUACAAAGUGAAGAUCUACAUUGUGCAGUGGUUGGAGGACAUAUCAUAGAAUACUGAAUAUAAAUUGCAUUCCUUUUU